ACGACUUGAUGGAUAAAGAGCAGGAAGAAAAUUCAGUGCGCCGCACAAGAUCCGGUCGACCAGCCGCCUCAACGGCUGCUCCAGUGCCCAGGGUGACGAGAACGCGCCGCACGUCAAGAAAGCAAGCGCAGUUGAGCGAACCAGAGGAAGAACCGGAGGAAGUUCAAGCUAACAACCAUAGAUUGGAAAAUCCCAUUCACGACGAGGAUCAGUCAGAUCUAAUGAACGAAAUAAUAAACGUGUCGUCUGCCCAAGUACAGGAAGAGGAACAGCAGUACGACGAACUGGCGCAAUUACAACGACAUUUGGAAGAUGAUGUCGAAAUGUCAGUGGCCGCCGAAACAGGCGGAGUUGAUGAAAAAAGUUCGUCAUUUCCAUUCGGCACUGUAGCCGAACAACAUUCGGAAACAAGUGAUGAACCUAAAGAAAUUCGCGGCGCCGGUGGUGUUGAUACCUCAUUGCUGGCAUCACUUGCCGGUGACAAUGCGAAUAGUUUACCCUCUGUGGGAGGUACCGAUGAAAGCGAUAACAAAAAGGCAGAUUUUGAGUCAAAUGAGGAGGCACUGCCGUCGCAUGUUGACAAACUCAACUCAUCGGAUGAUUCAAGCUUACAUCAGGCUAUAGCAGAAAGCCUACCCGGUGAUGAGUUGGACGCCAGCAAUGCAACUCUCGUAAACACAGAAAUAAUAUCUGAGGACGAGUUGCCAUUGCCUAGUAAACCUGAGAUUAACGAUGCCGAAGAGGUGUCCGAUGAGGAACUGCCGGCACCACAACGUGCAGAAUUGCCAGCUGAUGCUGAAGUUAUAUCCGAAGAUGAAUUACCCACCCAUAACAACAAUAAUAAUUUGAAUGAAGUAAAGACAAGUGUUAAGCGCAAAGCCGAACGCGAAGUUCCGGCACAACCAAUAGAGAAUACUAAGGAACAGCAGAGCAUUAGCCGAGAGCCAAACACUAAAGAAAAGUCAAGGGAACAACAAUACAAUCCAAUGAGUCCGACUAGCGAGAGCAAUGAAGCGCCGCCAGCGGAAAAGCGCGCCAAAGUUGAUGAUGGCGAGCAUAAAGAGAAGAAAAAGGAGAAGGAACGCGAUAAAGACAAGGAGAAAGACAAAGAACGGGAAAAGGACAAAGAGAAGGAUAAGGAUAAGGACAAAGAAAAGGAACGUAAAAAGCUACCCGAUCUGGAUAAAUAUUGGCGUGCAGUUAAAGAAGACUCGUCCGAUUUUACAGCAUGGACAUAUUUACUGCAAUACGUAGACAGCGAGUCCGAUGCGGAAGCGGCACGCGAGGCUUACGACACAUUCCUCUCCCAUUAUCCUUACUGCUAUGGCUACUGGCGCAAAUAUGCGGACUAUGAGAAACGGAAGGGCAUCAAGGCCAACUGCUAUACGGUCUUUGAACGUGGCUUGGAGGCAAUACCAUUGUCGGUGGACCUAUGGAUACACUAUCUGAUGCACGUCAAAGCGCAUCACGGCGACGACGAACAGUUCAUUCGUAAACAGUAUGAGCGUGCUGUUCAGGCCUGUGGGCUGGAAUUCCGCUCCGACAAGCUCUGGGAUGCAUACAUACGUUGGGAGAACGAGUCGAAGCGCUACCAGCGUGUAGUCCAGAUCUACGACCGUUUGUUGGCCAUUCCCACACAAGGCUAUAAUGGUCACUUUGACAACUUUCAAGAUGUGAUUAAUCACCAGCCUAUUACCGCCACGAUUGGAAAUGAGGAACUUGUAAAAUUACGAAGGGACUUGCAUGAGCGCAACGUGGCCCGGGCUGCAUCCUCAAAAUCGAAGUCGUCCUCAAAGAGCCGUCGCGAUAGUGGAGGUUCAAAGGAUGCAAAAAGCGAGCGCGAUCGCGACGAAAAGAGGGAGGCGGUAACCGCCGAGACUGGUGGUAAGUCGCCCAAAGAUUCUAGUGAAACUCAUGUCGAUGAAUCAGCAAGUACUACUGAUCUGACCGAAAGCGAGGAAUUGUCGGCUACCUUGAAGACAACGCAGAUUGAUUUCAGCGAUCUCAGCACACUUGGAGAGGAGGAAAUCGCCUCCAUUAAAGACAAGGUGAUAUCCGCACGCCGUAAGAUCCACAAGGUCACGGUUUCUGCGGUAACGGCCCGUUGGUCCUUCGAGGAGGGCAUCAAGCGACCUUAUUUUCAUGUUAAACCCCUUGAACGAGCCCAGCUAAAGAACUGGAAGGACUACUUAGACUUUGAGAUCGAAAAGGGCGAUCGCGAACGAAUACUAGUGCUCUUCGAGCGCUGCUUAAUUGCAUGUGCACUGUACGACGAGUUCUGGCUGAAGAUGUUACGUUACUUAGAAACUCUUGCCGAUCAGUCGGACGUGAUUUCCAUUACGCGCGACGUCUUCAGACGCGCCUGUCGCAUCCAUCAUCCGGACAAGCCUAGCUUGCAUUUGAUGUGGGCUGCCUUUGAGGAGUGCCAGCAGAACUUUGAUGGCGCCGCCGAAGUGUUGGAGCGCAUUGAACAACGCUGCCCAAAUCUUCUGCAGAUUUCCUAUCGUCGGAUUAAUGUGGAGCGCCGCCGUGGCGCUUUCGACAAAUGCCGCGAGCUGUACAAACAUUAUAUAGAAACGACCAAAAACAAAGGCAUUGCGGGUAGCUUGGCCAUUAAAUUUGCGCGUUUUCUCAACAAGAUUUGCAACGAUCUUGAAGCGGGUCUCAAAGUACUUCAGGAAGCACUCGAACGUGAUCCGGCCAAUACGCGAGUGGCCCUACAAAUGAUCGAUCUGUGUCUGCAGCGUCCGAAAGUUAACGAGCAGGAAGUGGUGGAGAUUAUGGAUAAAUUCAUGGCACGGGCGGACAUUGAACCCGACCAGAAGGUCCUCUUCGCACAGCGUAAAGUCGAAUUUCUGGAGGACUUUGGCAGCACCGCUAAGGGUCUGCAAGAUGCACAACGAAGCCUUCAAUCGGCCCUGAGCAAGGCUAAUGAUGCACAAAAGAAGAGAGAAAGCAGUCCCAGCCGCAAAAGCUCGACCAGCAGCAAGGAUGCAGCCCCACCAGUGAGCUCGGGUGCCUCAUCCACCUAUAACAAUGGCACAGCGACGACCAACGCCAACUACAAUUAUAACUCGGCCAACUCAUCAGCCUACUACGCCCAGCAGCAGAACAGCGGAGCCUAUCCACAACAGCAGCCGCAACAGCAAUCCUACGAUUCUUACUACAAUCAAUGGGGCUAUGGCUCGGGCGGCGCAGGUGGCUACAACUAUGGACAGUGGAGUGGCUACGGCAACUACUACUAGACGAGCUUCAGGCACCUGCUUAGAAGUCCUUAAAUUAGUGCCCGACGUUUUUAUCCUUUCCUUUAUCGUGAGCAAGUCCCGUUUUAUCUCGUUCAUGAAGAAUUGGCUCGUCGAUCUUUUCUUUGACUUCCUCCCCCUGCCACUGUCACAAUACAUAAGAGUAACUCUUUUGAUGUAAACAACUAUUUGUAUUUUUUAUGAUGAUGCUAUCGUUUAUAAUUACACAUUUAUAAAUUGUAUAUCUUAUACAUAUAUAUUUUAAUAUAUAUUCAGACGCACGCCCGCAGCGGCUGCUCUCCAUGCCUCACACUCAUGUGCAACCACACUAUUAUAAUGAAUAAAAUAAACAAAAUUA